AUGGUGAGUACCAUCAGAUCAAACCAAUUAGCAGGAGAAUUCUGGUUAAGAUAGCUAAGCGAGUAUUAUUCCAAUUGGGUACAUAUACAAUAGAACCAGGACAAGAAGUAAACCGGAAAAGAGCAUAUAGGCCAUGUCAGUUGUUGGAUAGAGAAUGGUGUAAACCGCAACGAACUGACGGAGUUUUAAUGUGACAUAGCCUGACAAGCUUCUUGCUUGAUCCCAUUAACUAAAUUAAAACAAAAACAAUACCAAACAACCUAAAUUUAAAACAUCUUUUAAAAACAUUUGCCCCAAGAUACUCAAAUACUUAUCGACAAAAUCUUGAUGGAGGCCGAAAAUGGUAACAAUUUCCGUACGAAAUACAAAAGUUACAAAAUUUGCAAAUUUUGCAAGCCCAUAUUUUUCGCAUUUUACAACAUUUCGCAGCAAAUACAUUUUUUCAAAAUUAGUCAUAAUGAAAUGUCUAUUCAGGCUGCUAUUGAUAACUUUGCGUUAUAGAUCAUUAGCUAUAUGAUCGGUCAUAAGUCUGCUUCGCCUGUGCCCAGUCUAAACCCUAAAAUGUUAGUAAUCUUGGCAGGUAAUAUAGUAGCUAGUAUGGUUUCCCCGAUUUUUAAAGGACCAGCAUUUAGCAUAUUAUGUGGUAGCCGCAUAUCUAGAGGCCUGCAACCAUACCACAAAACCACAUAUUUUACAAUAACUUGUGUGUAACUAUAAAUUCAUUAAUCAUUGAUUCUUUAUUUGUAGACAACUGGUGAUAUGCAAUCUACAACAACAGAAUCACAACCAUUUUCUAUUCGCCAGGAUUUAACAAACAUUAGCUCUAGUGUAUGUAAUCAAUUAACCCUUUCAAUACCCUACAUUAUAAUAAAUGGGUGAAUAAAUUAUCAAAACAAUAAAACCCCUCGUAAUUCGAUGCAUUUUCAGUCAAUUGAAAGUUGAAUUUGGACUGUCAAAUGUAUGUCCUACAUGUAUGUCUGCCCAUAUAAUGUAGUCUGUAUCUACUACCAAAGCACCAUGCAUGCCAUAAAGAAAAUACAAUUGAACCAUGAUAUAUUACAAUAACUAUGUAAUGAGUAACGUAUAACCAUUGAUUUUUCAGUCCAUUACUAACUCGGACAUCCAUAAUGAUGAAUUGAGAUUGGAAAUCACCUCAACAGCUGGUACCUACAGUUCAUCUAAGGAUUCAACAAAUGCAAGCUGUCGUGUAUGUAAAUAUUAACCAGAAGCUAUACCAGACAAACAUGAAACCCAGUAUUUUACCAUUACUGAUAUAUGUUAUUCGUCGAAUACUAUCUUUUUAGCCUAUUAGCAACCAGUCCUUCGCUAGCGAAUUGGAAUUACAAUCCACAUCAACUCAGCAGCCACAGGUUUGUUUCGAUUAUCACAUAAUACAGGUAUACGGGUGCUUUAUUCCAGAAAAAUAGACAUUAUACGUAUUUGCGUAUAAGUUGACACAAGACAAAAUCGUUAACCGGUCGAGGUUGAGAAUGUAAUCUAGCUUAGUUAUAGUAGAUAUUCUCUCUUCUAUACAUUCUCUCUCCUUGUAUAUAUCAAGGCCAGCAACUCUAUAUUAUAUAUAGUGUUAUUUUUAGGCAAUUUCUGUAACCGCCAAAGACAUAUCAGCCUUGGCUACAACAUCAUCUUCUCAGGUAACAAAAUAUAUCGCCAAAAAAAAAUAUUAUGAACUCAUUUUAGUCAAAGAAAGUAGACAAUUCAAACAAUAUGAAAAGCGAUCUUCUCAAGUCGUAACUGUAACAAAAACAAUAAAAAGCCAUCUUACUAGCAUAGUCAAAUAAUUGGAAAAAUGUACGCCAAAAAAUAGCGGCGUACGUUGUUGAUGCCACAAGAAUGUAAGUCGUAGGACCAAAAUUUAAAUGUAAAGAUAAUGUAAUUCUCAUUACAUAUAUAUUCUACAGGCUAUUGUACGUUGUGCUACUGGCUCUUGGAUAAAAAACUUCAAGAUUCCUGCCAGGGUAAGGAUAUUAUUUAAUUUAUUUUGACUGUUUAUUGUUUAUGUAUUUUUUUAAAAACAUAUGCACUUGAGAGAAAAUAUAAAAGAAGGAUCUUUUUGUACCUGGGAAUAUGUGGCAGAUUUACAUAAUGAAAGCAUACAGAUUUUAAGUACUAUUUAAAGCACGCGAGUAGGAGUGUUUUAUCACAUAUAAAACACGACGCGUAGCGGAGUUUUUUAUAUGUGAUAAAACACGACUACGAGUGUUUUAAAUGGCUUAAAAAACGACCCAUCUUCUGAUGAGUGUAUUAGCGAAGUAAUUAGUUUUAAAAUAAACUUUGUCUAAACCGAGAAAAUCAAAGCUAAAGUUUAUGUAAAUUAACAUGUUUUUUUAUCCCAUAUAAAACCACGACAAAGUUUGCUCCUGGAUUAUUAAUGAGUUUUUUAAAUCAGGCAUCAAACCUGCCAUACCAAAUGUGAUGAAUAUUUUAUAUACAAGUGCAAAAUAAUAGCUAAUUUUCUUUUGUUUUGUUAGUGGGAACCAAGCAUAGAAAAGGCACUGAGUGAUGGAAAGCUGACACCAGAGCAAAAGAGUGCGUUAAACAGACAACUGUGUAUGUCGAUAAUUGCACAAAGUACAGACACAGUCACUGCAAGUGAAAGGAACCAAAUUGCAUUGAUGCUUGUGCAAAAAUAUCCCUGUCUGAGCGGCUCAAUUGGAUCAGGACACGUAAGUUUAUAAAAAGCACAUACCGUUGUAACAUGAUUCCGGCAAAUUACCAAUUAAUCACACGUAACUGAUUAAACUGGCAAAGAUUUAAAGCCGUUUUCCAAGCGAAUUUAUUCAAAUCUUUUUUCAGCAAUUCUGGGCAAACAAGAUAAAAGAUCGGUUGCUGAAUAUUACAAGAAAAAGUUCUAGAGAGGUAAACAAAAUGCAUGCAGUAGGUGUCUUUACAAAAGAUAGGAAAUUUAAAGUAGGCCUAUAUCUGCAUGAAAACUGAACAAUAGUCAUUAUGUGACCUUAUAUCAAACUUAUUUGCAUAUCAAUCGAUGAUUCCCCUUAUAACGUUUUCGUAGCGCUUUGCCUUGUGGUCAGUAUAGUGGUAUCACUGAUAAAUAUAGUGGCCUCGAAUGAACAUAUUGAAUGUUUUCGCGAAUAUUUUGCUGUUGGCCAUCGUGCACCUUACCCUAGCUUUUUUAAAAGUUCUUGCACGGGUCGGGACAAAAAAUAAGCCAUCUUGAAUAUAUGUAAUACCACUAUAACCACCUAAUAAGGGGAAUCAUCUAAUAGAUGAUUUCCCUUAUUACGUUUUCGUAGUGCUUUGCAUUCCAUAGUGGUAUCACAGAUAUUCAAGAUGGCUUAUUUUUUUGUCCCGACCGUAGGCUAACUAUAUAUAUUAAAAUGUCUUGGUUUGUAGAGUAGCACACAAGCCUAUAUAUAUAAAAGAGAAAAAUAUAAAAGCGAUUGUUUUCACAAAAAGAAACUGAUACUCCUAUAUAUACGCCAGCUACUAUUUAACCCGUAGAAUAAAAAGAUGAUCGAAUCUACCGGGCAGCAAUAUCAGAAGGCGAAACCGGGAAGAAAGAGAAAGAGUGAUGAAGCAUUAAACUUGCCUGAAAUGCCUGAAGGAGAAACCGACGAAACUAUUCAGGAACAUCUGACCAGCCUGCAAGCGUUUUGUAAAACUGGAAAGCAGGACGUCCUUUUGGUCCGCCAGUUAAUGGAUGUGACAUUUCCCAAGAGAAGAAGGGAUAUAAUCGAAAACAACGAAAGAGUGUGGAAAGUUGUCAAAGAUUAUCCCCCGCUAACGAAAGGAAAAGGCAACGAGGUGUUUUUUGUAACUAUAACGAGCGAGUGUGGAAAAUACGUUACAUAUAUACAUAGUGAUUAUGUUGAAUGCGAUUGCAAGCUGCAUUGCACACUUAAGUUUGUACAUUGUUUUCUCACUGUAUCUGGGAAGGUGUAUAUAUAGGUCUUUCCUCUGUUUUAUAUUUAAAACAGACUAACUGUCGUAUUUUAGCAUAUUCUUACAGCUCAUUUUAACUAUAUAAGCGCUUUGACAAAAACCAGACCAUGUCUCUAUAAGACUGUUUUGAGCAUGGGCAAUUUUCAGAAAGUUCAGAACCAGAAACACAAUUUUGUCAAGUCAGGAUCAAAGUGUAGUGAUUCGAAUCAUAAAGGGUAAACCGAAAACUAAAUCUAAUAUUUAUUCAUUAAGGUCAAAGCAGAGUUGGGGCGGAUAUUGCGCAACAAAAACCUUCCGCAAGAAAUGAAAGAGAGGUUUGAUAUCAACAGAGCUCGGCUGAUAGCAGCAGUAAAAAGAAGCAAAACAAAGGAGGUUCAGGCACUAGCCAUUUUGCUGGAUGAAUCCGAUUCUUCCCAAAUAACUGGUAUAGUAACCUAUAUGAAAAUACAAUAUAUAUGUUCGCAUAUAUAUAUAUAUAUAUAUAUAUAUAUAUAUAUAUAUAUAUAUAUAUAUAUAUAUAUAUAUAUAUAUAUAUAUAUAUAUAUAUAUAUAUAUAUAUACGAACUUCUUGCUUAUAGAGAUGGAAAAUAAAUAACGUAACUUCUUGUUUAUAGAGAUGGAAAAUCGAAUGUUAAUGGCAGCCUUGCCUUUUGCUCUUGGAGAAAAGAGAACAUCAACAUUAUCUCCAGGUGACCUUUUCUGGAAAAGAGUUGAUGUAAGUAACUAUAUAUUAUAAUAUAUUUAUUAUUUACUUCUCUUAAUUCAUAUACAUUAUGGCAGCUGGACUAAUUAAAAUGUGAUAUGCUAUAUGAAAUUAUUUAAUUCAAAACGUUAAACGACCCUUUUUCUUUUAGUAUGUGUUCGCUUUAGUGCAUGGGAUCCUGUGUCGUGCAAUACUAACUCAAAUCACUCUGCUCUUUAUAAUUACAUUAUCACCAAUCACUUCAUUGUUUUCUGAUUUCCGACCAUUGUCUCGUUAACGGCGUUCAUUGUUUAUUGAAUAACUACAUGUUUAAUGAACAACUGUUUCUAUAUACAGAGAUGUUCAUUUAAAUAUUAAAUGCAUAUAUCAUUUGCAAGAUCAUUAUUUACGUAUAGCCCACAUGUCUUAAUUUUUCUAUUUCUUAUAUUGUAGGAUGAAACUGGAGAUAUGAGCAUAAGUCAGCUUGUUGAAGAGUCUACAACGCCACGGCUACUUUCCAGUGGAACUGCGCUUGAGGUAUCCUCAUUGUGUUUGGCAGCGGAGGGAAUGGUAAUUUGCAAAUUCAGUCCUGCUAACCACAUUUUGAAUGCUGUGGUGACAUUGCUGGCAUGCUUCUACAGUUUUAACAUGAGCUAUCCCAACGGUUUAUCAAGAAACGUAUACUCCUUUCUAGAGUACAUUUUGCUUGGUAUAAAGCCCAGUAAAGUUCAAAUUGGGCUGGAUCAAUUUAUUUCAGACAUAGAAAGCAUAUAAUCUUUAUAUAACAUUAUAUUAUAUAGCCAGAUGCCCGUACUAACUAGCCAGUCUCGUUAAUGUUGAAAAGACGAUCGAACGUUGUUUUAUCUGACUGCAUGCUUAUACAUGCAUAUGUAUAUGAUUUGUAAUUCUUGAGAUGAAUAUAGUAUACAAGGUAAGGGGCAAAACAAAAGCAAUUGUUACAUAUAUAAAUGUUCUUAUAAAUAGUUGUUCAAAAAGCUCCGUGGCUAUUGCUCGCUUGAAAGUCGUGUAUAUAUAUAUAUAUAUAUAUAUACACGAGGCGCUUGAACCCUCCAGUGUGCUGCAGUUCUAUACUGAUCUGCACUGGUGCACAUUCAACCCACAGUAUUCUUGUAAAUCGCGGCUGGUUAAGGCUUUGCCUCAUUCAAUAUUUCUUCUAUGUUGGGUGCCAGGUGGCUCUGGUACACAGUUACAUUCAGGUCACCGCCAGUCGGCCGGUUGCAUUUUGUACGCCAGGGCAUUUGAAUGUUUGCAUGUGGUAAAAGAGCCAGCUAUAGUAUACUACUGUAUACAGCACAGAUUUUUUGAGCCAUGCGAGCGUUUAUAUGAAGUGACAAUUGCUGUUUUCCCCAGUGUGAACUAUAAAUAAAUAUAUUUUGUUGUUAAAAAGUUCAAUACAAUGUUUUAAGCCUGUAAAGAAUAAUUGUGAUCUUUUACUUGGUUUAUUGGUUGCUCUAACCAAUGUAAAAGUUGGUCAUUAUAACCAAUUUGUUGUUUUAACCAAAUAAAUAUAGGUAAAAUUUUAUCAAACUACCAAAAAUAAAUAGGUUACCUCAGAUCCACACGGGGUACAAUAAAUAAUUGGUUAAAAUAACAAUUUUGGUAGAAACAACCAAAACCGUAAUUGGUAAAUUUGACAUAAAUUUAAUUGGUAGACACUACUAAUGUCAAAUUGGUUAAAACAACCAAUACGAUUUUUGGUUAAUUUUACAUAUAUUUUUUGGUUUAAAGUACCAAUUAUUAUUUGGUUAAAGUUACAGAGUCCUAUUGGUAGAAAUAAACUAUUCCAAUUGGUUGUUUCCACCAAUUAAUUUUUACUCAUAACAAAUUGGUAGUUUCAACCAAAAAAAUAUAGAUUAUCUCAGAUCCACUUUUCUACCAAUUUUUUUUGGUUGUUUUGACCAUCAAAUUUUUACAGUGUAGUGUACCAUAGACUCUUAAGUAUUUAUUCUUUAUUAAGUAUUUAUUAAGUAUUUAUUCUUUAUUAAGUAUUUAUUAAGUAUAAAUUAAGUAUUUAUUAUUUAUUAAGUAUUUAUUCUCACUUGGAUUACAAACCCUAACGUUCUAACAUUAAUUCCCGACAAAGUGAAGUGCAAGAAUCUAUCAUUGAAGUCCACCUUAUCAGUUAUCACAACCCGAACACCCGAUUACCUAUAUAUACAUGAACUUACGGUUACAGCUUAACAGCUGGCCCCUGUAGCUCAGUUGGUUAAGGCCGGCGCACACUAGAGCUAUGUGCUUAGCAAAAUCGGUCAUUCGUGACUGUUGGCGUAAGGAGAUAGCUCUCGUGUGCGGGCGAUUUACGAACGACUUUUGUCAUUCGUGCCACUUACGCCAAAUAUCUAACAUGUUUGAUAAUUUCUGCCUCGCGUGCCAAAAUCUUUCCGUGUGCGGCGAACGAAAGCUAUCUGCUUACGGAUUGUCGUAACAGCGCAUGCGUAGUAUACGAAACUAAACAUCCAAGAUGGCGGCGCAAAAUGAAUUGCUGGCCGAGGCAAUUUUAGAGGGCAAACUUGUCGAACUUUGGCCUGAAUACAAAUGUUUAUACGAUGUGAGUUCUGCAGAUUUUAGAAAUAGGGACAAAAGGGAAUGUGCGGUGAAAGAAAUAGCCAGUAAGUUUGUCCUCUAAAAUUGCCUCGGCCAGCAAUUCAUUUUGCGCCGCCAUCUUGGAUGUUUACUUUCGUAUACUACGCAUGCGCUGUUACGACAAUCCGUAAGCAGAUAGCUUUCGUUCGCCGCACACGGAAAGAUUUUGGCGCGCGAGGCAGAAAUUAUCAAACAUGUUAGAUAUUUGGCGUAAGUGGCACGAAUGACAAAAGUCGUUCGUAAAUCGCCCGCACACGAGAGCUAUCUCCUUACGCCAACAGUCACGAAUGACAUUUUGCUAAGCACAUAGCUCUAGUGUGCGCCGGCCUUUAGAGCGCUGCACCGGAAUCGCAGGGCCGUAGGUUCAUUUCCUACCAGAGGACCUUGUGCUGCAUUUUUCACAGUCGUUCCUGGUUAGGUCUUAAAAUGUAUUUAUUCUCACUUGGAUUACAAACCCUAACAUUCUAAGUUAAUGUUUGCAAGUGGUAUAUGACGUGUUUAACAACGUCAUCGCUACGCAUGGUAAAAUAGUCACUUCAUUAACUCGUUCAAACGUAUCUGAAAUUAGACUAAAGUGAACAAACAUAUACGUUAAAGUAAUUUGAUGCAUGCCAAAGUUGCCUAUAAGGUUCCCAAGAACAUUUUGUACCCACCCACUUGCACGACGGAAAUGUUGUCAAUUGCCUUUGGUCAAAAUAGGAGGAGGAUUUGUUAUAAAAUAAUGUAAAGAUCAAAACAUUAUAAAAUGAAAAAGACAUGAUAAAGACAGCAUAUAAUUUCAGUGUUUCUUUAUUGAUUAAACUUUUUUAUUAUGUUAAAAAGAAAGCAAAGUUGUCUGAAUGCGAGAAGUUGAAAUCAUUUUAUUUCAAAUUCAAAGUUUUUCGAUAAAGCCUUUAAAGGCAGUUUAGUUUUAUAAUAGCAUAGUUGCCCGGGUUUCUUCUGUUUCAACAGGUACCAUUACUAACUAAUCGCCCGCUGUAGCGGUCGAUUAGAACUAAUCGCCCGUUACCAAGGGUCACACCUUUGUCUCCCUGUCUUGUCUCACUACGCAUCAGGCAAGUGCCUCACGCACAUAAUCGUGCAAGGAACAGCAACAGUUAGCUCAGAGCCGUCAAUAGUCUAUCAUCCGAUCCCUGAGUUGCCGCAUCAUUUAAAUUACGCACGUGCAGUCUCCAAUUUUAUGCUAAUAUAUUUAGCAUUUUUGUUGUGGUACGUUAAAUGAUAGAUUGCGCAUGCGUAACCGAUUAAAGCGUAAAAAGUGCGCAUGUGCAACAAGCUUUUACAUCCCACAAGCAAUGAAGCAAAUGUUUUAGCUUAAAUACGCUGAUUCCAAAUAGGGCAUGUUUGUCCAUUUUUAAAUGGGAGCGCAACUAUGCUAUUACAAACUAAUAGCAUGGCUUUUCGGGAGAUUAGUGACUAAAUGACCCCUUACCCUCGGCAGGUUUGCGGAAUUCCCUCUGGCUUCGCCCUCGGGAAUUCCGCAAACCUGCCUCGGGUUACGGGGCCAUUUAAUCACUAAUCUCCCUCAAGCCAUGCUAUUACUUAUAAUAAAGAACAUUUUGAAACGUCGUGCGAAGAGUUUGAGGUUGAAUUUUACCUUAAAUUGAAACUUAUGUUACGUAUAAUAACAUACUUAACAUAUAUAUAUUUGGGGAAUUGAAAAUUAUGUAAUGAAAGUGAUAUUUUUAGGGGAUUUUUCAUUUGUAAAAAUAUUCUUAACAAAAUUAUCGUGUUACCAUGACAGCUAUUUUUUCUAGUCUAUUUUCUAGUCUAUUGACGAAUCGAAGCGAGUAUACCGGUCUACUCGAAUCGGGUUAGCUAAAUCACGAGAUAAACAGCAUAUGUAAAUAUGUAUACAUAAAUAAAUGGCUUCACGGUAUAUCAACAGAAUUAAAGCAUCUGAUAUAAAAUCAUCCUUACCUGAUUUAUUCAAAAUAUUGUCGAUCGUUUCCACUGUUCAAAUCCAACAUAUUGUAUGUAAAUAUAAAGCUCGUAUCCGUAUUGCUCGUACUAAACUGAAGAAUCUUGCGUGCGCGCCACGAAAUAAAGUUUGACCGCCCCCCUCGUUUAUAAAACUUCCUGAAGCCUUAAUUAUUUCCCCGGAAUUUCGAAAUCCUGACAAACAGACACAAAAUCGAGAUCUAGACAAUACAUAACUCGCGCGAAAGAGUGGGUCGAGUGUACUCUCGAAAAUUAAAACCACAGCAUUUAUUCUGUUUACAUCACAUAUAUUGAACUUUUCAAGGGGGUCCAAAUCGGCCAACUGGGAUCCGUAUUUACUAGUAGAUUUGAACCCCGCGGGGGUCUAUAUGCACUAGUAGAUGUGGCCCCGGGGACCAAAUCUACUAUUGGAUAUGCAACGUGGGACCAAAUCUACGGCGGUCCAAAUCAACAGGAACACCAGCUUAAUUCAUCUAUUGAAAUCAUAUCCACCGAAAAAUAUUGAGGCCCUUUGACGGUGUUGAUCAAGACAAUCCUUUACUGUGAAGACAUAUUGCAUUUCCUUUUAACACUAGGCCAAAUAUUACAUAUACAAAACAUGAAAAAAAUCAUGUCUGAGUUCUGAUUCAAGCAAAACCUGAAACGUGCAAUAGUAAAAAUAUAAUAAAUAACUGGCACAAGGUCUGCCCGACAAAACAUGAGUACAUGUCCUUACUCGUGUAUAAACAAUUCUAGAAAUGCAAUCAAGUGAUAUAAAGAAUAACUUGGAGAGUUCGACAUUACUCUCAAAUCUCCGAUCAAAAUUACGUACAAAGCGUCAAUCUACAUUGAAUCAUUCAUGCAUGCAUGAAUUAAAUAGACUGUUCCACAUUAUAUUAAGUGUUAUUUUGCUGGAACUAUACAAAGAUAAUUUACGGUCUGCUUUGACGGUUUAACCAAAGGUCCAAAACUGGACAUUCUGACUAUAGUGUUAUUCCAAUAGGUCUGGCAAGGAGCUAAGGAAAUCCAUAUUUGUAAUUGAUAUACUGUUCGGCAAACGGAAACUAUGGUUCCUAAAUAUUCGAUAGACACUGCCAGUUGACUUCCGAGUACUCCACUGUUCUAUUUAUUAGCAGGAAUGGGAAAAAAAUCACUGAAAGGGCUAUGAUCUCUGCUUUUCGUUUUGUUUGUCAAGUUAUUUCGUCUCAGCAUGUCAAAUUGUUGAGAUAUAUUGCAUACAUUGAGAUUUAAUUUAACGUACCAACUGUAGAAGAACUCGCAGCGUCUAUAACGUAGCCGUAUAUAAAUAUGUGUCGUAUAUAAAUACGUGUCAUUGACGUAAUACGUCAUGUGUCGUAUUUAAAUACGUGUCAUUGACGUAAACGGGGUAAGAUCAUUAGCUAUAUAAUUAUUAGAGUCUAUAACGUAGGCCAGAUUUAAUGUAUCGUAAAUACGUAUCUUUAAAUACGUGUCCUAGUUUAAAUACGUACACAACAUAACAAUAAUUUACGACUACAAGCCCUCGUAGUAUUGUUCAAGCAUGAAAUUUUCAAAUUUAUACGCCAAACGUCAAUUUCAAACGCCAAAUCUUAACUUACUGCUAUGGAGAAUACGUGACUAGUGGUUAAUUUGCUUUCUUAAGUCAUUGCACAAGUUUAAUAACUGUUUAAUAUAUUUCAAAGCUGGUGUAAAAGCUAUAUUAUAAUAGAGUUUUAAAAUCAAAAACUUCAAUCUUAAGGUAUCUAAUGUCUUUAAAGACCUUGAAGGAAUGUUCGAUAUUGUCCUCCAAUAUCGUUUACAAGACAUUUUUGUGUAGACAGGAACUGUAAAUGUGCGCGCGCACUGCAUGUUUGAUAUUACAUGGAUUGCGACUAUGGGAGAAUAUUAUCUAAAAUAUUGUCUUUGAGAUAUACGUGACAUUAUGUGAAACUUGAAAGACUUUAGAGAAAAAUUAGUUUUGCAUACAGUGGUGCACUUUAUAAUGUACGUUAAUCUUAAAACUGCGCUAUCAGCACUACAUAGACACAUUCCUACGUUUGUUAUACUCACAUCUUUAAUUCAUUCGGUCUUAAAUGUAGGUAAAUGAAACCCUCACCUCAUUUCUAAACCGGAUUUUCACGGAGCAGUGUCGUAAUAUUAACCGAAAUCAUAUACUAAACAUCAAGGUAAGAUGAAAUUUUAUAGUUUCGAAAGUCACACAUUUGAUUUUUCCAUGUUAUAUUCCUAUGAUCUUUACAUUAUUUUAUUACGAACCGCCAAACUGCCUAAGGGAUUUCACUGAGGAAAAGAAUUUCCAGAUGUCAGUAUUGACUAAUUGUUUUCUAAAUGUAGGCCCAAUUAGUUCCUGCAGCGAUGAAGUAUUGUUUUGUUCUUUUUGUCGUGUUCAUGGGGGCAGCAGUACAUGGAAUGCCUGGUCCAAAUGAUGAUUGUAUUUCUGGUCAGUCCUUUACUAACAGGCUGUGUCAUCUUGAAAAAUGGCCAAUGUCACCUGGGCCCUGGCUAUUCUUGCAGGUGAGCAGUGAGCACAAUGCAUUAAUUUAAUAGAUGUGUCGAGUUAUUCACAUUACCGUGUAUUUGAUGCAAGAAAUAAACGAAGAAGUUGAAUUUUGUACUUAUAUUAGCUAUUGUUUGCUUCUAGAAUUUUUAGUGCGUGUUAUGCACGCCUAUGUUGUAGUUAAAAUUUUUCAUACGUAUUUUGUUUUGUUUUUCAGGACACCAGGAACACCAUUUCUUGGCUUUUGUCAAACAAGUUGAAAGAAGCAAUUAGAGAAUUUUCAUUUAUACUACCUAAGGUUGCUUGUAACGCUUUCAAAUAG